CUCCCCUCGCCGUCCCGCCCGCACUCCCUGGACCAGCGGCCAGAAGAGCCUCCGCCGCUGGGACCGCAGUGCGAGAAGCCGGUCCCUUCUCGCAGCCCAGUCCCUGUGCCCCAAAGCCGCCGCGGCGUACCGCCCAAGGCCCGGCCCCCAGCCCGGCGCAGGCGCGGCUUCAGCACCGCGGACAGCACCCGCCGGUCUAGCGAGGCGGCGAGCUAUGCCCGCAGCAUGGCCUGGCGCCCCGGCUCCACGGCGCUGCUCCUCGGCUUGGGCCUCCUCCAGCUGUGUGCAGGAGUCUGGGGUACAGAUACAGAGGAGCGGCUGGUGGAGCAUCUCCUGGAUCCUUCCCGCUACAACAAGCUUAUCCGCCCAGCCACCAAUGGCUCUGAGCUGGUGACGGUACAGCUUAUGGUCUCACUGGCCCAGCUCAUCAGUGUGCAUGAGCGGGAGCAGAUCAUGACCACCAAUGUCUGGCUCACCCAGGAAUGGGAGGACUAUCGCCUCACUUGGAAGCCUGAGGAGUUUGACAACAUGAAGAAAGUUCGACUCCCUUCCAAACACAUCUGGCUCCCAGAUGUGGUCCUGUACAACAAUGCUGACGGCAUGUAUGAGGUGUCCUUCUAUUCCAACGCCGUGGUCUCCUAUGACGGCAGCAUCUUCUGGCUGCCACCUGCCAUCUACAAGAGCGCCUGCAAGAUUGAAGUAAAGCACUUCCCAUUUGACCAGCAAAACUGUACCAUGAAGUUCCGCUCAUGGACCUACGACCGCACGGAGAUCGACCUCGUGCUCAAGAGUGAUGUGGCCAGCCUGGACGACUUCACACCCAGUGGCGAGUGGGACAUUGUGGCGCUGCCCGGCCGGCGCAAUGAGAACCCAGAGGACUCCACUUACGUGGACAUCACCUACGACUUCAUCAUCCGCCGCAAGCCACUGUUCUACACCAUCAACCUCAUCAUCCCCUGUGUGCUCAUCACCUCGCUGGCCAUCCUCGUCUUCUACCUGCCUUCCGACUGCGGCGAGAAGAUGACGCUGUGCAUCUCUGUGCUGCUGGCUCUCACCGUCUUUCUGCUGCUCAUCUCCAAGAUCGUGCCGCCCACGUCCCUUGAUGUGCCUCUUGUUGGCAAGUACCUCAUGUUCACCAUGGUGCUUGUCACCUUCUCCAUCGUCACCAGUGUGUGUGUGCUCAACGUGCACCACCGCUCGCCCACCACACACACCAUGGCGCCGUGGGUCAAGGUCGUCUUCCUGGAGAAGCUGCCCACGCUACUCUUCAUGCAGCAGCCGCGCCACCACUGCGCCCGACAACGCCUGCGCCUUCGGCGGCGCCAGCGCGAGCGUGAGGGGCCCAGGGCGCUCUUCUUCCGCGAAACCCCUGGGGCCGACUCCUGCACAUGCUUUGUCAACCGUGCAUCAGUCCAGGGCUUGGCUGAGGCCUUUGGGGCAGAGCCUGCGCCAGCAGCUGUCCCAGGGCGCUUGGGGGGACCGUGUGGCUGUGGCCUCCAGGAGGCGGUGGACGGUGUGCGCUUCAUCGCAGACCACAUGCGCAGCGAGGAUGACGACCAAAGUGUGAGUGAGGACUGGAAGUAUGUUGCCAUGGUGAUCGACCGCCUGUUCCUUUGGAUCUUUGUCUUCGUCUGUGUCUUUGGCACCAUCGGAAUGUUCCUACAGCCUCUCUUCCAAAACUACACCACUGCUACCUUCCUCCACGCAGAUCACUCGGCUCCCAGCUCCAAGUGAGGUCCCGGCUCCAUGAUCCUUCACCCCUUUGUCCUCCAUCGUACAGUAGUUUUGGGUGGAGGUGGAUGAGCUACCAGGAAAGGGUCGCUGCCCACAAAGAUCCAUUCUUUCACAUUGCCCAGAGCCCCUGCCCCCACCCACACCUCAGCCCACUCGCAGCCAGCUCCAGCUGGAGGCUGGGCCAGCUGCGCUCCUGCUCUUGCACCAAACCAGGCAAGAGUGCUGCCAGUCGAGGACAGAAGCUGAGAAGAAGAGGACAGAGAUGUCGGAGAUGUCCAGCCUGAAGGCAGUGUGAAGGGGAAGGGGCCAAGGGGCAGCAUCAUCUGUUGCCUCCGAAUCACGAGAAGGGACGUGGGGAGGAGGAACAGGGCCCCCGACUCUGUGCCAGGCUGGCUGGACACGAGGCAGCUCAGAAGGGAGGAGCAGCCUCACACCCGCCCCUGCCCCAGUGGACAGUGGCUGGGCGGGGGAGGGUCCUGCCCAGAGGCUUAGCCUGCUUGCUGCUCAGCCCAGACCCACCGCCCCUUGCUCCUGAGGGGUCCAGAGCUCAGCCCCAGUUCUCCUUCUCCCAUGAAGAAUUCUCCACAACCCCUGGGCUUUUGUUCCUCUCCUGCCCGGCCAGGGUGUGGUGGACAAGGCUGGGUAUUGGGGAGCCUCUGCGUUUCGAGUCUUUGCAUGACCUGCUUGGAGCCUGAGGUCACAUCCACAGGCUGUUUUUCACCCUCAAAGUUGAACUCUGACCAGUUGUUUGUAGUAAAUGAAGAAAAGAUGUUAGCUGUAAGCAGACCCAGCCUUUUUGCCCAAAGCAGAGCUGGCUGCAGAGAGAGUGGCCACAUCAGCACUGCUCCUGCUCCGCCCUUCUCUUCAGGGAUCCGCUCUUCCUGCUUGCGCCCUGCCCCCCGACCCAAACCUGAGCGAGGCUGCAGUGGGACGGGGUGCCACUGCCAGCAGCUCCCCUGAAAGCAUCCCGUCCUGUGAGUCCCUGGAGGCCGUAUUCUGACACUGCUCCCAGGGGACAGCUGGAGGCCACCUGGCCUGUUAGCAUAGGAAACAGACCUGUUCUGAGUUCUUCUGUCCCUGUCCCUGCCACAUGACAGGCUCUGAUUUAUGGUCCCAGCCUGUGCUCAGUGCUGGGCCAGCAGGUGGCUGGUCACAGAGGGGUCAGUCUGUCAAGUGCACUGAGGAGCCUGCCACGUACAGACCGUGCUGUUCUCGUGUCCAGCUGGGCCCCUGCUUCUCCAGGCACAGCGCAGUUUGGGGUGGGGGCGAGGUGCCAGUGGGUGAGAGGACACACGUGGCACCUGCGAGCCCUGGGAUCGCAUUCUGGACUCUAGUCCCAGCUGUGCUGCUUCCUUGGCCAUCUGGAGGGUGUCUCUGCCUUGCUGGGUCUCAGCUUCCUCACCUGUCAGAUGCAGACAGUGAUGCCCUCUUUGUGGGAUUGCCCUGAGGAUGGGGCGGCGUUUGUGAGAAAGCCCAGUGCUUCCCCUGGCACAGAGAGGGCGCUCUGUGAAUGUGAGGCAGUCCCAUCCAAUGGGAAUGGGGUCCCUUGUCUUGUCUGCCUCCCCCUCAGACCCUCGCUUACCCUACCUCUUCCUUGGACAAACCAAGUGCCCCAGAACAAGGCCUUGGCCCCAGGGAACCUGCGAGCGGGAGGGAAUGCCUGUGAGUCUGGCGGGCGGGCCUCUCCUGGGCGUCUUCGGCAGAGUCUCAUGCUACUCCUGGGUUGAGAGCUCUGGCAUUGGCCUCAACCUCCCUUCGGUCAGCUCCUCCCCAUGCAGGUGCCCGCUCAGAGCCCUCUGCUGACCUAACCCUGCUGCUGUCGCGUGCCUUGUCCCCAGUGCUGCCACCCAUCUGCCAGAGCAGGCUUCUGCAACAUUUCUUCCGAGGGGUAGUGUCUUGGCUCCAUGGACACUCCCUUCUAGAACAGCAGAUUGAUUUAUUUUUAUUGUAUUGUUUUCUAUUUCUGUUUAUCCCCCUUCUACCCCCUUCUCCCUGCAAUCACCCACUGUUGACCAUGGCCAUGAGUCCUUUUUUCCUCAAGCAAAAUAUAACAGCAAAUUUCCAGUUGCCUGCAUUAUGCUGAGACCUGCCUCAAACUCAUAGCCCUGAAGAAACAGCCCAGAACCUGAAAUAGCAACUGGAAAGGAAGGGUGGGGUGCUGGCCUGGGGCCCGCCGGGCCAGCUCUCCCAGGCUUCUGGCCCCAUCGGCUGCUGCUGGUGGCUGUACAUGCUUUCAGUACUUCCCAAGUGGCUGUUGUCCAAGGCAGUCAGCAGACGGCUCAGAGAGCAGCUUCUCCAAAUCCGCUCCACGACCCAUCUGACACCAGGAAACAGGCCUGGACGGCGUUUGCUGCCUGACCUUGCACAAGCACCUAGCUCUGAACUUGCUCCCCCUCUUUUGUAAACAGAGGUGAUCAGUAGGCUGAGGGAUGCAGCAAGGAAGAGAGGGUCGAUGUACUCGAGGGGUUAACUGGGGGGCUGUCCGUGGAGUGGCGCCAUUCCCUCCACCUCUGGCUGCUGCCCUUUGGGGACCAUCCCAGUAGGGCGGCGAGGGCAGAGGGGCAGGGAGGAGGUCGCCGCUGCACGAGCCAGGUGUCACACGUCAGUACCGGGUUUGGAGAACUAGUCUCUUCCAUUCUCAGGUCCUCUGUCCUCUUCCCUUGGUUUCAUCUGGGCGGCGCCUUGCCCCUCUGCGGUGCGGCCGUCUCUCUAGAGAAUCGGUAGCCGGCUUGGCACUGGGCAAGGACUGGGGCCCCAGACCUGAAGAGGAAGGGAGAUACCUGAGUGAGGUGGGCUAGAGUGAGGAGAGACUUUGGGGUGGUCUCUGUCAGAAACGGCGAGACCAUGGGUGUUCUGUAGACAUUUUUGUCUGAAAAGAGGUUUUGCGCAGACUCUCUGCUUUGGACAGUUGUCAGUGCCGCGGGGGAGGCAGUUUCCUGGCAGCGAGGGAGCUGAUACUCGAACAGCUGCUACUGAGUUACUGCGAACCAGACAGGGGCAGCCCUCUGCUGGCACUUCCCGCAGAGGCAGCCCUGGCUCCCUGUAAGGGGGGGGGGGGGAAUGCUCUGCGGAGAUUUUGGAGCUUUGACUCUGGUCCUGUCUCCUCCCACUUCCGGCAUAGCUACUGUUUGCUAAGAGCCUGCUCCGUGCCACGUGCUUCAGCUGCACUGUCUCUAUCCCUCACCGUGACCCUGCAGGGAAGGUGCCCUGUUGACAGAAGUAAGAACUAGGCUCAGAGAGACCAAGGGAGGCUAGCGAGCAGUGCUGGGCCUGACAGGUGGCCUCUGAGGCAGGAAGCAGCAAAGUCAGGGCAUCGGGUCUGCUCUGAGUUUGUUCCCAAGCCAGAGUGGCCCCAGACCCAGCUGCCACCCUCUGCUUCUAGGCAGCUGGGCUGGUGUCACUGUGCACCUCACAGCCCACUGUUGCUGACCAGCCCCCCACUCACCCGGCCAGACUAGACUGAGGACAAGCAGCCACCUCUUGAGACGUAUCCCGACAGGUCCAAGCAGUCAGUGUGAGUCCUGCCGUUGCUAAGGGACUGCAGGGCGAGGUAUCGUUAGGGCACCUCACUCGUCCGCCCACGGUGCCCCCUCCCCGACACUGGCCCUGGUUGGCCUCCCUUGUGUGUCUUCCUGGAAUAUUUGCACUGUUUAGCUCACCCCGGGCCAGAUGCAUUAGGAACUCAAGAUUCUCGUAAAGACAAGUUGUUUCCAAAGAUGUUUUGUCUCUU